GUCAGGUACCACCAAUGUGGCCUGAACAAGCCUUCUAUAUUAUUCCUAGGAAAGAGUGGAAUCCGAAGCCUCCUAAAUCUGUGUUUGGAUUGGCCAAGCUAGCUAAACAUGUGAUGGUAACAUGGACCAACUCCGACCAUUGCCAUGACAGAACAACAUGUCUAAAGACUAUGCAGGAUCUCCAAAACAAACAUAUGGAAAGUGGGAUGGACGACAUUGCGUUCAAUUUCGUUGUAGGAGGUGAUCUCAUAGUGUAUGAAGGACGGGGAUGGAAAAUAGCUCCCAUAAAAAUAGAACGUCGUGAGAGUAUACAGUCUACAAGUAUAUUAAUAGGCGUUGUUGGCCAAGAAGGAAUGGUCCUUGCUGAAGAGAAGCAUGCUGUAGUGGACAAAUUAAUUUCUUAUGGUAAAAACAACGGUCUAUUGAUGGAAUAUAUAACUGAAAUACCUUUGUUCGAUAUAACCCAAUUGCCUCCAAUGCUCCCUACGUAAUAAACUACUUACA